GACCACCAAUAUGAAAGUCUUUGUUGUUUUAGCCGCUCUGUUGGCCGCUGUGAGCGCCGUGCCCAUCGAGGAACGUGUGAAUGGCGAGAACGGCUGGUACGUUCCCCAGGCCGAUGGCAGCUUCGAGUGGAUGGCUACCAAGGACGCCGAGGAAAUGCUAAACAAUGCAGCCAAGAUGGAGGGACGCAUCAGCACCAACGCCGUCAACUUCUACCUCUACACCAAGUCCAACCCCACCGACGGCAAGAAGAUCGAGUCCAAGGCCAGCUCCAUUGAGGGAUCCCACUUCAACAAGGACCAUGGCACCCGCUUCGUUAUCCACGGCUGGACCCAGAAGUACACCGAUGACAUGAACACCCGCAUCACCAAGGCCUGGCUCUCCAAGGGCGACUACAACGUCAUUGUGGUUGACUGGUCCCGUGCCCGGUCUGUGGACUACGCCUCCUCCGUCCUGGCUGUUCCCGGAGCCGGAGCCAAGGUUGGUGAGAUGAUCAAGUACCUGCACGAACACCAUGGACUGGACCUGGAUAGCCUGGAGGUGAUUGGCCACAGUCUGGGUGCCCACGUUGCCGGCUACGCUGGCAAGACUGUUGGUGACAAGCGCGUCCACACCAUCGUGGGUCUGGACCCCGCCCUGCCCCUCUUCAGCUACGACAAGCCCGCCAAGCGCCUCUCCACCGACGACGCCCACUACGUUGAGUCCAUCCAGACCAACGGCGGCAAGCUGGGAUUCCUGAAGCCCAUUGGCAAGGGUGCCUUCUACCCUAACGGCGGCAAGAAGCAGCCCGGCUGUGGCCUGGAUGCCACCGGAUCCUGCUCCCACGGUCGCUCCGUUCUCUACUACGCUGAGGCUGUAUCUGAGGACAACUUCGGAACCAUCAAGUGCUCCGACUACGAGGACGCUGUGUCCAAGAAGUGCGGCAGCACCUACAGCUCUGUUCGCAUGGGAGCCGUCACCAAUGCCUACAUGGUCGAUGGUGACUACUAUGUUCCGGUGAAUGACAAGGCUCCUUUCGGCAAGAUCGAAUAGAUUGGCCUUGGAUGCGAACUCUGAAUAAAAUGCUCAAUUUCCUUUAAAAAUGA